AUGAAGAAAGUGUCUGCGGUAGGGCUGAGGCCUAUCGGAAGCCAGAUAUGGCGAGUCGCCAUCAAGCGGUGGCCGGCUGACUUCGUUGCAUCAGAACUAUUGUGGCGCGUGCACGGGCGUUAUCAAAAUGUAGAUCUUGCUUUGGGUCGUAGUGAGGGCAAUAAGCUCGAUAAGCUUAGAGACGUGAAUAAUGACGAAGAAACUUUACAAACUUGUCGAGCAAAUCAUGAUACAGGUCUGCGCAUUCAACAAGAUUUUACAUCAACUAUGACCAAUAUUGUCGGUAUUUUCGGUACAAUAAAAAGUGAUGACAAUAAGGAGAAUGAUUUUGAUAUUGAAGAACACAGUAACAGAAAACAUCAAUUGGAGGAGGUAGAUGGUGAAGAACUUAAUAAUGAAAUACCGAUAGCUUCGGUUCCAUUAUUUACGAAAAAGGCGAGAUCAGAGGACAGUGAUGUUGAUGUAGAGCACGAAGACAUCUAUAUUAGAGCUGUUCAUCUAGCUCACAAGGAAACAACUUCAGAGAUUAAGGAUAUUUUUAAAAAAAUAGAAUCCUUAAAAGACCGCAUUUUACAAUACCGAAUCAUUAAUCUAUCAAUAAGAAAUGCCACGAAUCCUCUUCAUAAAGUAUUGACAGAAGGUGAAAAGAAAUUAUUAAAAGAUAUUUGGAUAUCGCUCGAACCAUCGGAAGUUGACAAAAUCAAAACUGCCCGUUAUAAAAAAUGGGAGUCGGAAGUAAAACCUUUAAUAAACACAUAUCAUAAUCAUCUGGAAGUUGAAUCAGUUUUCGAUGACAUUUGCUUGGAUGAUGCAAUUGAGAUCGUUGCUAAGAAGCCGUAUAAUGGAGUUUUCAUUUAUAAAAAACAUUACGAAUUGAAUUGGGUACAAGAUAUAUAUAGACGUUUUUUAAUGAUCUUUAUGGCACCUAUCAAUCAGCUAUUGGACCCCGAACAGACAGAAUUUUCUUAUAGAGAAAAUUUCAUUAAUCCUAUAUUCGCGAAAGUAUUCGACGACUUAAUGGAAAUCAUUAAUAUGAGGACCGGUGAAAUCGAAAAUAUGUUGAUAAAAGCUCAACGUAUCGAGACGCGAGUACGCACACAACGGCUCAGUCUUGGUUGCCGUCAGGAUGGUGUAAUUAUUGUUAAUGUAAAUGGGACUUCGAUGGAAGUUGGGUUCAUGGAUGUGGUUGGAAGUGCUGUCUAUGAUGAUCUUACCAAACUAUCCGAGGAUCUAGAGAAAGUGCUAAACU